UUCUUAUUGAACAACCCACUUUUCAUUGGAUAACAGAAUUUGAUAGCCCCGCCUCCAAAUAGAGGACAGUGGGACAGUCUAAAAAGAAAGAUGGCGUCGCUGAGGUGUUUUCUUCGCUCUGGGAAGAAUGCUGUUUCAUUCGUUCUCCGGAGGGAGUUUCACAGGACGCCGUCUGCUGCUGUGCAGGUGACAGUGAGAGAUGCUCUUAACCAGGCAAUGGACGAAGAGCUGGAGAGGGAUGAGCGUGUGUUCCUGCUUGGUGAAGAAGUUGCGCAGUACGAUGGUGCUUACAAGGUGAGCAGAGGUCUUUGGAAGAAGUAUGGCGAUAAACGCAUCAUUGACACACCCAUUUCAGAGAUGGGCUUUGCUGGCAUUGCUGUUGGUGCAGCCAUGGCUGGCCUGAGGCCCAUCUGUGAGUUCAUGACCUUCAAUUUCUCCAUGCAAGCCAUCGACCAGGUCAUCAAUUCUGCAGCCAAGACGUACUACAUGUCAGCCGGUCUGCAGCCUGUGCCCAUUGUGUUCCGAGGCCCCAACGGUGCGUCUGCAGGAGUAGCAGCUCAGCACUCGCAGUGUUUCGCUGCCUGGUAUGGCCACUGUCCCGGGUUAAAGGUCGUAAGUCCCUGGAAUGCAGAGGACGCCAGGGGGCUCCUUAAAUCAGCCAUUCGUGAUGAUAAUCCAGUGGUGAUGCUGGAAAAUGAGCUGAUGUAUGGCGUGGCCUUUGAAUUGUCUGCGGAAGCACUGUCCAAAGACUUCACCAUCCCCAUUGGAAAGGCAAAAGUUGAACGAUCAGGAAGUCACAUCACUCUCACCUCGCAUUCCCGAAUGGUUGGUUAUUGUCUUGAUGCUGCUGCUGUUCUGGCCAAAGAGGGGAUUGAGUGUGAGGUGGUAAACCUGCGCACCAUCAGACCCCUCGAUGUAGAAACUAUCGAAACCAGCGUGAUGAAAACCAACCAUUUGGUGACUGUUGAGGGAGGCUGGCCCCAGUUUGGAGUUGGUGCUGAGAUUUGUGCCAGAAUCAUGGAGGGUCCUGCGUUCAACUACCUGGAUGCCCCUGCUGUCCGAGUUACCGGAGUGGACAUCCCCAUGCCAUACGCAAAGAUUCUGGAGGACAACAGCGUACCACAAAUCAAAGACAUCAUCUUUGCAGUGAAAAAAACAUUGAAUGUGUAGUAGGCAGCAAAACUGUUUUUUUUCACACACGCUUUCAGGAAACUUGGCCCUAAAAACCAUUGUCUUUCCCCGAGCCACCAAAUAAUAAACCAGAAUGGAUGUACUAAGAGUAGUUAAGAUUCUCAGAAGUGUAUAAUGGUCUUUCUGUUACAUGAUGGGUCUCAACCAGUUAACCAGUGGAUGUCUUGUUUGUAUCUACAAGAUGCCUUUUGUGAUAAAAGGGAUAUUUAUUACCGAUGGAUAAAACCAGUCUUUGUGUAUUAUGUUCUAAUAUUAAGCGGAAAUUAAAUAAUAGACACCA